AUGGUGAUUUGGCUUCGGGCCCUUGCAUUGUGGAGCACCUUCCUCGGUGCAUCUGCAACCUGUGAAGAACAAGAUGUAAGGUUUCAGGGAGUCGAACUGUCCCUCUUGAGAGACUUGAAGGAUGUGGCUGCCUGCAGAGCCGCAUGUGUCCAGACGCUGGCAUGCCAACACUUCAGCUUCACAGAGAAACAGGUGGUUUCAAUGACCAAAGUCCAACAAGUCCAACAGGCGCAGCAGGCCGAGCAGGCCGAGGCCGCCGAGCAGGCCGAGCAGGCCAAGCAGGACGCAGCUGAAGCAGCUGAAGCAGCUGAAGCAGCUGAGAAAGAAACGAAAGAGGAGAAGGCGGAGAAGGUACAGGAUGAGUCGGAUGAAUUGCGAGCGGAGCAGAAGAAGUUGUUCGGGCAACUGAAGGAGCGCCGCCUUGAAAGUGGAUUGGAGACGAUUGCACCAAGCCUUUGUCUUCUGUUCGACUCUUCCAGCCAUAAGGAGUCUGUAGAUCCGAGCACCAAAACAGUCUCAGGCUCUGUCACUUGCCCCGCCAGUGCAUCUCGGCCAACUCUGGGGAACGUGGAGGUCCAAGAGCUCUUUAAAGAGGUGGAUCGUGGUUCUGCCGCGCCUAGCGAUGUAUUCCUUCAAAGUGGUCCUCGGCCAACGAAUGCCUGGUGGUCGAACACCUUCAUCAACAAAAAUCUGGGUUCUCCAUCCAACUUCCUCACUCAGAUGCCGUACAUUAUUGGCAGUGACAAGAAGGGUGUUCAUGUGAUGCAACCCUUCAUGACGUCACCGGGCAUGGAGGAGUUUCAGCAUGGUCUGGGCGUCUUCCUUGGAGCUGAAGGCGAUCUCACAGGCCCAUCUGCGGAUGCAUGGGAUGAAGCUUGUGUGACACUCACCUACCGUGGGCCCAGCCCGGGUCAGGCCAUGACUUUCCCCUCUUGCCGCGGUUCUGCUUAUGUCACGGCUGAGCUUCGGGGCUUGAAGCCAUUCAUCUCCUCGGAUUUGCCAUUGGCAGUUCCACACGAGAUUCGUGUGGAUGGCAAGGCCGUCGCAUGCGGAAAUUACAAUUUCGUUCAGGGGAAGGAGAUCGAGUUCACUUUGAGCACCGGCGACAGCUGGAUCGCGUUCUUCCCUCCGGGCAUGGGAUGGACCUGUGAAAAACAGCCCUUUCGCUUGGCAGCUGCAGAGAUCGCACCAGCGAGAGGUGUGGUGGUUCGCCUUGCAAUGCUCAAGGGCAAGACUCCAGUUGAUGCGAGCUGGGGCGACCUGUUGCGGCAACAUGCUGGAAGCUAUCCAGUGGCGAGUGGCGCCGAUUAUGUCGCUCACAUCAACUCCGAAACCGCUCAGGUGAUCUUCGACUGGGGAAACCACCGAAGGAACAUUCCUGGAUAUCCACAGUCCGACGUGCUGCAGCUCGUUUGGCCAAACCAUGUUUCCUUGCUGUCGGAAGAGGAAAAGAAUCGAGUGAACAGCGGCCCGAAGACGCCUUUCAAAGACCUUCGUGGCGAAUCCAAAGUUUUUAUCGCCAGUGCUCCACUGGUUUUGCACUACGAGCUCUAUCCCAUUGCAACGGAAGAGUUUGCAGGGCGCAAUCCAAUUCCGAUGGAUGGCUUGUUGCGCGAGAUGAUGCUAGAGGCAUUGAAGGGCGGAGAGCAUGUGGCUGGGGCCAAGUACGACGGUGCCAAAACUGAUAGUGAGUUCCAACUUCCUGAGAAUGUCAAGCUUGCAGUGGGCGACACCUACUUUAGUGGCAAACUUCUGGCCCGUUUGGCCAGACUGGUUGCAAUUGCACAUGAGCUCGACCAGUCAAAUGAGGCAUUCUUUGAAGAGAUGCUUUCACAACUGGCUGACUCGAUGGAGAAAUGGCUUGAGAAAGGCGCAAAGACGCCCUUCAUCUACGACAAGUCUUGGGGAGGUUUGGUCUCAUGUGGCUGCAACUAUGAUGACUGCUGGGGCAGCUGUGCCCCAAAGUGUACGAACGACGUUUCCCAGCCGGCAUCUUGCCCUGCGUUGCACCAAGCAGGUCAAAACUUUGGGAACGGAUUCUACAACGACCACCACUUCCACUACGGUUACUUCAUCUAUUCAGCUGCAGUCUUGGCGAAGUUCCGUCCAGACUGGGAGCGUCACUGGCGGCCUCAAAUCUUGACACUCAUCAGGGAUUAUGCCAAUCCUUCGAGUGCCGAUAGCAAAUUUCCACUUGCCAGACACAAGGAUUGGUUCAUGGGUUUUUCCUGGGCCGGUGGCAUCAAGUUCGAGCCCCUUGGUCGGAACCAAGAGAGCGUGAGCGAGGCCAUCAACAGUUACUAUGCCGUUGCCUGCUAUGGCACAGUCAUUGCGAAUCGUGGUGACCAGGACAUGGACUUGGGCUGCCAAUUGCGUCAGCUUGGACGUCUACUGACUGCCAUGGAGGUACACUCAGGUGACAUGUUCUGGCAUGUCAGACCUCAUGCGGAGGUGAUGUCAACCUAUGGACGCCCUACAGUCGGCAUCAUGUGGGAACACGUUGCGCUGCACCAAACUUGGUUUGGCGGUUCAGGUUGGGCAGUGGAGGGCAUUCAGAUGCUGCCGGUAGUUCCUGUUCUAGAGGAUUUCUUGAAGAAGGACUGGGUGCAGAAUCACUUCUUGGAGUACAAGGUCUCCUGCGAUAGUGAUCCUUCCUGCAGCAAAUUGGGCUGGUCCUGGCUGGUCUGCAUUCAACAGGCCGUUCUAAGCGUCAAGGAUGCCUUCGAGUGCUUGCGCAGGUUGGACGAUUCAGCGUUCAGCUUGAGGAGUCCUGCAGCCAGCGGCAAUUCUUUGACCAACAGCUUGUAUUGGUUUGCCACACGAAGCGACCUUACCCCAACAGACCUGAAAGCUUGGCCGAAGGCAACUCAGGUCAUCACAACUCCCAGUCCUGGUAAGACGGCAAGCUUGCAGCACUUGGGACCGAUCCGCAGAUUUGGUCGUCAUGGCGUGCGGAUGAACAAUCGCUGCCUGAAACUCUCCGACGUGGCCUGUCCCAAUGUUCCGAGCAUCCGAUGCAUUGGCGACUCGUGUUGUCCAGACGGCUCGCUGUGCCCCUCGGCACCUUACUACUCAAACCCGCUCUGCAAGAGCCCAAAGAAGAUCGCAUGCAGGGGCACGGAUGGGCACAAUCCAGCCAUAAAAAGGACCCCGGAGAAGGAUGGUCCUUGUCCAGUGGGUAGUGCGGUAUUCUGCCCUGGUACGAUGUUACUUUGCCAACAAGACCAAUGUUGCCCUGAUGGGUCGCUUUGUCCAUCUGCACCUCUCUCAGCCACAGGGAGGUGUCUCAAGGACAAAGUCCACGACUGCACAGGAGGCUUAGGACAGAAACCUGCCGAGAAACAGUCGUACGACGUGCUCGGAGAAUGCCAGGUGGGUGCACCUGUGAAGUGCCCAAACUCGAAUCUGAAGUGCUGGGGCCAGAUGUGUUGCGCGGACGGUCGGCCUUGUCCUUCAGCUUCGAAGAGCACCAAGUGUUGGAAGGAGAAGGAAGUGGAUUGCCUCCCGAAGGAAGCGGAAGCGCCGCCGCCGGCGGAACCUUUUGAGGAACCCCCGGAAGUCCCUCGAGAUCAUUUGGAGAGGUCUCGAUACCCAGAGGAACCUUCGGUAGAUCCAGUAGAUCCACAGGCGCGAUCCGGAGAGGACCACGCAGAGCACGUGCGUACUGAGGCUCCCACGACUGGCACGACUGGUGCUCAGGCUGAAUGUGACGAGAGCAGGAAGUGCGUGAUGGGAGCCAGUGUUCUAUGCCCUGACAAGAAAUCGCGCUGCGCGGGUAUGGGCUGUUGCCCUGAUGGCUCGCUGUGCCCAUCAGCACCUACGUUGGUGGCUGGCACAUCAGGUUGUCCGAGUCCGAAAGCUUACGACUGCACUUGUGUAGCCAAACCUGUAAUUGUUGGCCAUGCCAGCUGCCUGGUGGGUGCAAGUGUCCGCUGCCCGGGCUCGUCACAAAACUGCUCCAUCGGUUGCUGUCCCGACGGGUCGACUUGCCCUUCAGCGCCUCUGGGAACUGUGUGCCCUUCACCCAAGAAGGAGGACUGCACAGGUCAAACAAUGAUCCGAAAAUACGAAGGCUUUGCGAGAGCUGCGUCCGCAGAGAUGCGGCACUUCAAUCCUUUUGCUUUGGUUGCUUUGGCGACAGUUCUUGUCACAGUGGCUGCAUUGGCGAAGGGCCGACAGCGCCGUUCGAUGUACCUGACGGUUGCCUCCUCUGAGGGCGAAGCCGGCGAAGCGUAG